AUGAGUCAAUUUAAAAAAAGAAAAGUCGAUUUGGAAUGCAGAAACUUCAAUGAAGCUUGGACGGUAAAAUAUCUGUUUACAAACAUUAAUACGAAAGCAAUUUGUUUAGUUUGUCAGGAAACAAUUGCUGUUUUCAAAGAAUACAAUUUAAAUAGGCACUUUAAAACAAAACAUCCAAAAUAUGCAUCACUUUCUUCAAAAGAACUUCAAACUGUAGCAGAAAACUUAGCAAAAAACUUGAAUAAGCAACAAAAUAGUUUUACUAAACAAAGUAAUAUAGAGAUAUCUACCACAAAAGCAAGUUAUGUUGUCGCACACAAAAUUGCUAAGUUCUGUAAGCCGUUUUCUGAAGCAGAAUUUGUUAAACAAUGCAUGGUACAAGUGUCGGAGAUAUGUUGUCCUGAAAAGAAACAUAUUUUUGAGAAUUUAAGCCUUUCGAGAAGAACAAUAGUACGACGGAUUGAAAAUAUUUCAGGAAACUUACUUGACCAGCUAAGAACAAAAAUUGCUGAUUUUACCUAUUGUUAUCUGGCUUUAGAUGAAUCCUGCGAUAUUACUGAUACAAGUCAAUUAUUAAUAUUUAUUCGCGGCAUUAACAAGAAAUGUGAAAUUAGCGAGGAACUUCUUAGUGUGCAUCCAAUGAAAGGUACAACUACUGGUGAAGACUUCUUUCUCGCUGUUGAAGAGUGUUUAGUUAAAGUAAGUUUAACUUGGAACUAG